CUUUCUUCCUUCCUUCCUUCCUUUCUUUCUUGAACCUUGAUACUUCAUCAUGUGCGAUUUGUCUGAUCCCAAGAUUGUUCAAGCUUAUACCGAAAUUGAACAAUAUGACGACACUAACUGGCUGAUUCUCGGUUACAAUGAUACCCGCGAUGUCAUUUCGCUUUACUCUAAAGGCUCUGGAGGCUUGAGCGAGUUUCGCCAGCAUCUUUCCAAUGAAGUCCUGUAUGGUUUCGUACGUGUCGACGAUCGUUUCAUUCUGAUCACCUGGGUGUCCGAACAAGUCAGUGGUGUCCGACGAGCUCGAGCACUUGUACACAGUCGAUCGGUGGCAGCAUUAUUAAAGUCGCAUCAUGCGCAAGUUACAGCGUCUUCGCAAAACGACGUGAGCGACGCCAAUAUUCGCACUCGACUCAAGCUGAACGAAAAUCAGGUACCAAACCGGUCUCGACCUCCGUCCAUGUCUGAACGCAAACGAUCCUCGCUUGCUGCACGUCGUAAAUCGCAACAAACGCCACCCAACCCCGAACAAGUGACCGAUGAGCCAGAGUCCUUUGCUGAUGCUAGCGAAGAAUUCCCUCCGUCCCCACAACAAGACAACUCGGAAGCUUUGCGACGUCAGCAUGAAGAGCAGCUUCAUAAGGAGGCCGAAAAGAAGGCCCUCGAAAAACAGCAGCAAGAGGCUCUCGAAAAGCAACAACAACAACAACAGCAGCAACAGCAACAGCAGCAGCAGCAACAAAAAGAAGCGGAACAGAAGGCUCUGGAAAAGCAGCAGGAAGAGGCCGCUAAUAAGCAACACAAGGAACACGAACGAAAACAGUUGGAAGAAGCAGAAGCUAAAAAGAAACAACAGGUUGAGGCUGCUGCUAAGAAGCAAAAGGAAUUGGAGGAAAAGAAAAAGGCCGAGGCAGAGGUCGCUGCUAAGAAGAAGGCUGCUGAAGCUGAAGCCAAGAAGAAGGCCGAGGCGGAAAAACGUCGUUUGGGAGAGCAAAAGGCUAUGCAGCGACGUAUGGAAGAAGCCGAGAAAAGCAAGGAUGUCAUGUUGGUCGGAUAUGCUUCCGUUCAGCCGAACUCGAGUCCGUUUUGGAGACGGCGAUACAUCAUGAUCCGCGGCAAGAACUUGAUGUUUUAUCGCGAUGAGCUGAGCCAAACGCCUGUUAGCGUGAUCGACUUGAGAACCGUGACGCGCCUUAGCCCCAUUGACCAGGAACGCGAGACGUUUGUACCAAACGCAUUUGUUCUUGAAACCCAGAAGGAAGGUUCAUACCAGCUUUUUGCAGACAACAAGCGCGAAUGUACAACCAUCCUCACUGCGCUACAGACUGUCAUUUCGGCAUAAGUUUUCCCUAUUUCCUUUUUGAACGAUCCUAAUUUAUUCCCUUCGCAACACCCUCUCACUCUAUCUCCAACGUUACCAUCAGCAACUACCACUACUACUACUACUACUACACCGACACCACCGCUAUGUACACCCCUUCUUCUUUUUUCUUUCUAUUAUUGAG